AUGUCUCCAGCCCAUCAGCGUCCUGCGCGCACAUCAUACGCAAUUCGGUCGAGAUCGACCGGGGUUCCCGCAUCCACCUUGUGGCGGCGGGCCAAUAACAAGCCUUCUAUCGCCGAUAAAGCCGCCAAUCAGCAAUAUCUUACCCCGCAAGAGGAGCAAGCCCUGGUUGAAUAUGUGUUGCGGUUGGCAGAUAACGGCUAUCCGCUUCCAGUGAAGUUUUUACGAUCGCUCGCUCUGAUUAUCGUACGCCAACGGUCCUCAAUUUUCCAGAUCACAGAUCCCAGCCUUAAGGUCCGACCUCCGGGAAAGAAUUGGCCGCAGGGCUUUUACCGACGACACCCGCGGUUGAAAGCGCGACGGCUACGAGCGAUCGAUUGGAAGAGAGAUGGCCGACAGAUCGAAGACAAAGUCCGACACUGGUUUACCAUCAUUGGCCGAGAGCUGGCCGAUCCGGCCAUUCUGCCGGAGAAUGUGUACAAUAUGGACGAGACAGGAGUGCUUCUCAGCGUUCUCAACUCCCUCAAGGUGCUCGUCGGCAAGGAUGAUUUGAGAAAGCAUCGAGGGACCACGGUGAAGCGGACGCUAGUAACGGCGAUUGAAUGCAUCUCCGCCGAUGGUCGAUUCCUGCAUCCUCUCAUUAUCUGGCCAGCGGCCACUCAUCGCAGUUCGUGGACCACUCACCCCACUCCCGGAUGGCAUUAUGCCUGCUCCAAAACAGGCUAUACAAACACAGAAAUCAGUCUGUACUGGGUGGAACAUGUGUUCGAUCCGCAGACUCGAGACCGAGCGGGCGGCCGGCCACGACUCUUAAUCUGCGAUGGUUUCGGCACCCAUGAGUCUCUGGAGAUUAUGAAAUUCUGCUUUACUAACCACAUUAUCUUAUGUCGUCUCCCUUCUCAUACGUCUCACAAACUGCAGCCAUGCGACGUGGGUGUGUUUAGUCCUCUGAAAACGGCAUACCGGGCACAGGUUGAGCAGGCAUGUCGGGCUGGAGUGAGUAACAUCGGCAAGCCACACUUCACCUUUCUUUAUGAUCGCGCCCGAAAAGAGGCAUUUACACCCCGCAAUAUACGAUCGGCCUGGUCGAGAAGCGGCCUCUUUCCAUUCGAUUCCUCUCGCGUUCUCCGAGAGUUUGAAGCGACCCAGCCCGAGAUACAGACCGUGGUCAGUGUGGACCAUCCGACCGUGUCCUCCGAUCUCUGUUACCCACCAAACACCUCUGAUUAUUUUUCCUUACUUCGGAGCGAGGUCGAGCAAGAUACCCAGAAUAUGGACAGUGUAUGCAAAAAUCGUCUGCAGACACUGAGCCGUGCGGCUGAAAAGGUCUUUGCAGAGCGCGCCUUGUUGCUGGAGGAGAACCGGAUCCUGUUUGAGCAGAACAAUGAAAAGACCUGUCGACAAUCCAGUGGCCUGACGGUUGUAGGACAUGCAAAAGUGAUGAGCUACGAAGAUAUUGUCGAGGCGCAGAAAAAACGCGACAUGAUGGUAACGAAACAAGGUCCCACGCGGGAAAAGAGGUCGAAAGCCGGGGACAUUUCGCUUUCGAAAUCGGAGGAGAAGCGCAAAGCGGAGCAGGAGAUUCAAACAUGGAAAAUGUGUGGUUAUUGCUCAGUUUUAGAUUUAUAG